AUGGCACAAGAACAAUUAACAAAACAACGUUUAAUUUAUUCAAUUUUAAAAUUUCUCGAUAGAGAAAUACAAGCUGAAUAUGAAAAUAUUGAAAGACGAGAAAGUAUUGAAGUCGCUGUUCAAUGUCUUGAAGCAUCAUUUAAUGUAUCUCUUGCUAAUUCACAAAAUGAUUUAAUUUAUGGUCCACAUAUAGAUCUUCUGUCACUUGUAUCUAAUAAAUCGUCAACGAAUAAAUUAUUAACAGAUGAUAUGAGACAACAAGCAGAUAGAUUUAAAAAUCAAGGAAAUGAAUUUAUUAAACAAGAAAAAUAUAAAGAAGCUCUUGAAGCAUAUAAUGCAGCUAUACAAAUUGAUGCUAAUAAUGCUAUUUAUUAUUGUAAUCGGUUAGUUAGAUUUAAAACAAAAACAAAAAAAGAAAAUCAAAGUCUACUAUAG